AUGCUGUCAGAGGCAAUCUGUUGGAUUCUCUCUAACAACUACUCCAUUCCGUACCUCAUUCACCUCCUAGACGAUUUUUUAGUUAUCUCGCGCCCAGACUCAAUCCCAGCCGCGCAUCUCACGAUAGUCCAAAAAGUCUUCGCUAAGCUCGGCAUUCCACUCGCCCAAGCUAAAACCUCGGGUCCGAGCACAUCAAUCGAAUUCUUGGGCAUCAAUCUGGACUCGCUGAACUUUCAAGCUUCCUUGCCCAAAGAGAAAAUCGAUAGAUCAAUUCUGAUCGCUUCCACUCUCCUAAACGAAACUCACUGUUCCAAACGCGAGUUGUUAUCCGUUCUCGGCCAUCUCAAUUUCGCGAUGCGCAUCAUUCCCCAAGGACGCUCGUUCGUUUCGCACCUCCUCUCCCUCGCUUCCUCAGCUCACGCCCUAGAGGACUUAAUAACCUUAACCAGCGCAUGCCAGAACGAGCUCGACGCCGCCCCCUCCGUUGGUUUCGGAGGAUAUUACCAAGGACGCUGGUUCGCCGCCACAUGGCCCCCACAGCUCCAAGAAUUACCGCAGUCUCUAUCGUCCUCAGCUUUAUUCGAGCUGUACCCUCUCGUAGUUGCCACAUAUCUGUGGGGGAAGGAAUGGUCCGCCUCAAGCAUUAUCGUUCAUUGCGACAACGAAGCGACAGUGCACUGGAUUAAUAAAGGCCGUUCUCAUUCUUCCGCACUAAUGCCUUUCCUUAGACGUCUCACCAGGAUAUCGGCUAGCGAUCAGUUUAUUGUUACGGCUAAGCAUGUUCCAGAAAUUCAGGCGGCUAGCACCAGAGGCGGACCCCCUCCCAACACCAGUACCUCCUUAUUCGGAACUGAUAUUCCCGUAAAUCACCCGCUAAGAUCUCUCCUAGAUUCUUCAUUUAAUUCCAUCUUCCAAGCCGUCUCACUCAGGACCCUUCAGACUUACCUAACCGCGUGGAGGAGUUUCAAGUCAUUCCACCAAACAUACAACAUGCCUUUUCCAGAGUUCUCCCUGCUAACCAUCACCUCUUUCAUAUCCUUCCUAAAUGUCAGCAAAAACCUACAAGCCAGCUCGAUUAAAGGGUACCUAAGCGGAAUUCAAUUUUUCCACAAACUCAUUUUUAACUCAACCUGCCCAGCUAUAUCUAGUCCUCAAACCUCCAUGCUCAUCAUAGGAAUUCAAAGAGCUCAACCCGCCUCCCCGGACAAAAGACAACCCAUAACUUUGGAUAUAUUGACCAAAUGCAUUUCUACCCUCCGCAGAGGUUACCACGCCACGCACACCUCCCGCACACUCGACGCCAUGUUCACUCUGGCUUUUUUCGGAUUUCUUAGAUGCUCCGAAAUGACCACAACAUCCAGCUUCAACCCUUCAGUCCACCCCACCAUCUCAGACCUGGCAGUGCUCGAUGCAGAAACAAUCUCCUUCCACAUCAAGCAAAGUAAGAUGGAUCAAUUUAAAAGAGGCCAUUUCAUCUUCAUAUUCAACCUUCAAUCACCCAUCCAGCCUUACCAAACCCUCCUUGCCUACCUACAUUUGAGGAGAUCACAGGCAAAAGUCCCAUCAGAACCUCUCUUCAUAGAUGACUCCGGUCGUCCAGCCUCACGUUUCUGGUUCCAAAAUCAUCUCAAAUCAGUAUUGCGCCAAUCCGGCAUCCCCGAAGAACAUUUCUCGAGCCAUUCUUUUCGCAUCGGCGCAGCUACCACAGCUGCCCAGAAAGGUCUUUCCCAGCAGCAAAUCCAAGCUCUUGGUCGCUGGACAUCAGAGGCUUUCAAAAGCUACAUUCGGACGGACCGCUCACUCAUCAAAGAAGCCCAUCGGACACUAAUCUCCCAGAUCGUCUAG